AUGCCUGCUGCCCGUGGCGAACAUAUCCGGAGAAACUUGGGCGAAGUGACGGGCACCGCAAACCUCGAUAGACUCCAACAAUACUGGGCUGUCCGCGAUUACCUGAGCCCCGUUCUCAAAGAAUCCAAGUUCAAGGAGCACGGUCGUAUCACGCCUGAGGAGUUCGUUGCGGCGGGCGAUUUCCUUACGUACAAGUUCCCGGUAUGGACAUGGGAGAAGGGUGAUGCCUCCAAGGCUCGCGAUUAUUUGCCCGCCGAUAAACAAUAUUUGGUCACACGCGGCGUGCCCUGUCUUCGACGCGCCACAUCUCUCGCAUAUACCGAUGCAGACGAGGAUGCGGAACGUCUCCUAAAUAUCGGCGAUGGCCCCGCAGUCGAAGGCGACGAAUGGGUCGAGACGCAUACUGGUCGCAUUUCCGAGGGUAACCCGUCCCAGAUCGACGACAUACCCGAUGCCGACGACGAAGAACACGAGAUAAGCGGGAAGAUGGCGAACUUGGGCCUGGGGAAGCACGGUGCUGACAGUGGCGGAACGGCGGUAGGAGAUAUUCCGGACAUGGACGAGAUUCCGGACAUGGAAGAGGACUUUGAAGAAGCGGAGGAUGAGGCCGUCAAGAAGCCCGCUACUUCACCAGCGGAUGGGAAGGUCGUUGACGGGGCGGAGGUAGAGGUGGCGAAGGGCAACCUUCUGCAGGUCCGGACGUACGAUGUGAUGAUCACGUACGACAAGUACUAUCAGACGCCUCGUAUUUGGUUGGUCGGGUACGAUGAGAAUCGGUCACCGCUGACCCCUCCGCAAAUAUUCCAAGACGUCUCCGCCGAGCACGCCUUCAAGACCGUGACCAUUGAGCCAUUCCCGCACUCAGCGUCCCUUCAAGCCGCGUCCGUACAUCCUUGCAAACAUGCCAAUGUUAUGAAGAAAGUCAUCGAGAGGAUGAAUAAUUCUGUGAUUGCUUCGCAACUUGCGCAACAAACCGGGACAAGCAGCUCAAGCAAGAGCAUCAAUGCGGGCAAGGAGAAGCGCAAGUGGUUUGGCAGGCGAACUAGCGGGGGCCAAGGCGAAAAAGACGAAGGCGGCGAGGAAGUGGAGGGCAUGCGGGUCGACUUCUACCUCGUUGUUUUCCUCAAGUUCAUCGCUAGUAUUGUGCCCACGAUCGAGGUCGACUCGACGACCGCGUUCUAA